UUUUGCAAAGUUAGAAUUCAUUUCUCGUAGUUUAAAUUAAGUUAAGAGUAUUGCUCCAAAAUGAACCAAAACAAAAAGUUCAAGAUGAACAAACCUUUUGCAUUUCCAUCGGUCACAUUUUCAUUCCAAAUUUGACAGAUUCUAACGACAAUACAUAAAGGUAAUUGAAAAAAAAAAAAGCAGAACUGAAUUUCGAUUACGGGAUUCUUCACUUACCUCAAUCGUGUCAAAAUCACUUGGGAAAAAAGUACUUCGCAUUCCUCAAUGGUGUCAAAAUCACUUAGGUAAAAAGGACCUUCAACUUGAGGGGAAAAAACAAAGAAAAAAGAAGAAAAGUCAAGGACUCUGUAGCAGGAAGGAAGAACAGCAGCAGCCAUGACUGUUUCAUCUUCUCUUUCUGUUGCCAAAAGUGGCAGCGUCCUCAUCGUCGGUGCCACCGGUUUCAUCGAGGCCAUUGGAGAAGUUGGAACAGUUAAGAGGUUUUUGCCGUCGGAGUUUAGACAUGAGGUGGACAGGGCUGAUCCGGUGGAACCAGGGCUCACCAUGUACUUGGAGAAACGCAAGGUUAGACGUUGGGUCGAGGAAUCUGGGGUGCCCUAAACUUACUUUGCUGCAACUAGAUUGCUUCUUGGCCCUAAUUUGACAACACCCACCCUUCUGAGUUCUGCCACCAUUAAAGCGGGCUAUUUUUUUUUUUUUUUGGAGCACGUUGAUAUUUUUAGACUAAAAAGAGGAGGAGUUAAGCAAAACUAUACAAUAAACAGUUUAAUUUGGUAUUAAAUUCGUUAUCUACGAGAUUCGUAGAUAAACGUUGUGUGUGUGAAUUUAUUUUUAUUUUUAUUUUUAUUUUUUUCUGAACGAACGUUGUGUGUGUGAAUUUGUAGCAAAUAUUUGAUCCACCUAAAUAGGAGAGAUUCGUAGGACUCGCUGUUGCUAAUAUUCAA